ACAGUUAUGUUAUUCGUUAAUGUGUAUCAUGUUUGUAAUAUUUUUUAUAGAUAAUAUAUAAAAGCAAUUGAAUAUUUAUUGAAUUAUGAGUGGUUCAGAAAUAGAUAGUCUUCGACAAGAAGCAGAAAAUUUAAAGAAUCAAAUCAGAGAUGCACGCAAAGUUGCUCAAGAUACAAAUUUUUUAUCGGUUGCUCAAAAUGUAGAUCAAAUAAGCAGAAUACAAAUGCGAACUAGAAGAACACUGCGUGGUCAUCUUGCAAAAAUUUAUGCAAUGCACUGGGCAUGUGAUUCAAGGAGUUUAGUAAGUGCUUCACAAGAUGGCAAGCUAAUUGUUUGGGAUUCAUAUACAACAAAUAAGGUACAUGCUAUUCCACUUCGAUCCAGUUGGGUUAUGACAUGUGCAUACGCUCAGUCUGGAAAUUAUGUUGCUUGUGGUGGCCUUGACAAUAUAUGUUCAAUAUAUAGUUUAAAAACUAGAGAAGGAAAUGUCAGAGUAAGUCGAGAGUUACCUGGUCACACAGGUUAUUUAUCUUGUUGCAGAUUUUUAGAUGAUACUCAAAUUUUAACAAGUUCUGGAGAUACAACUUGUUGUUUGUGGGACAUUGAAACUGGACAACAGCUAACCUCAUUUAUUGGUCAUACUGGCGAUGUUAUGAGUCUAUCUCUUUGCAAUGAUGGCGGGCGUACAUUUGUAUCAGGAGCAUGUGAUGCAUCUGCAAAGGUAUGGGAUAUACGUGAUGGAAUGUGUCGUCAAACAUUUACUGGUCAUGAGUCUGAUAUAAAUGCAGUUUGUUAUUUUCCAAGUGGGUUUGCCUUUGGAACUGGUUCUGAUGAUGCUACAUGCAGACUUUUUGAUAUCCGAUCAGAUCAGGAAUUAAUGUGCUACUCGCAUGAUAAUAUUAUUUGCGGAAUUACUUCUGUGGCUUUUUCUAAAAGCGGACGCCUGUUACUUGCUGGCUAUGAUGAUUUUAACUGUAAUGUUUGGGAUACUUUGAAAGGCGAACGUGCUGGUGUUUUAGCAGGUCAUGAUAAUCGUGUAAGUUGUUUAGGAGUGACAGAUGAUGGAAUGGCUGUAGCCACUGGUAGCUGGGAUAGCUUUUUGCGUAUUUGGAAUUAGAACAAUUUUCCAAUUCUUUCUUCUACAAUCACUAUGUACAUAACCUACUGUUUACACUGAUAAUUUCCAUUAUUAAAGACAGUGCAGGUGUUUUGUGUGCAGAAUAACAUGGCUUUGAGAACAACACAACAGCAACAACAGCAAAUGUGAGUUGAUAAAUAAACAUUGGAAGGAACGUCAACUUGAUCUCAUUCAUUAGGUUACAGAUGUCUCAAUUAGUCUUGUUUAAUACUGUUUUUAUUUCAUAUACUCAUCUAUUCAGUUUUUACUUUUUUUUAAAUUUACAGUUUUUCUUAAAAAUAAAUUUCUAACUAAUUGCGCACUUUAAAUGGAUUUGUGAGAUUCUUAAACUUUAAGUGUUAAGCGAAAGAAAAAUCUGCUUUUCCGACCUAGAUGUCAGUUGUUGCAACUUAUAGUAGAUUUGAUGUAUUUCGUCUGGGUUUAAUUAUUUUUUAGUCAAUAUAGAAUAAUUUAUGGAGAAAAGAAGAUUAUUUUUCAUUUAUUAUAUCUCAUUCCAGUGUAAGCCUCGAUUGGGAUAUUGUGAAUGAAAAAUUGUUUCUAAUAAGUAUUUUUAUUUACUAUUAUUGCCAUGAUUUUCUAUAUGGUUUUUUCUGAUAGAUUUUUCUUGUUUUUACUUAAAUGUUUUUUUAAACUCGCAUAUCCACUCAUUUAAUUGGGUUUAUUGAUUUAAAUAAAAUAUUCAAUACUUA